CCCCCAUCCUUCAAAAUUUCUCAAUGUUACCCUCCACACCAAGUUAGACUCUGAACCAAAGCAAUCAAAAAGGCCUAGAAAGAAGAGAGCCAUUUUUCUUCUUCCCUUCUGCUUUACCCUCAUAUAUUGCUGCCCUUUGUAAUCAUGAGUCCUUGUGCCAUCAUUGCUAUAAAACUCUCUCUCUCUCAUACAAGCACAAUCACAGCUAUAUUAUAACACUUUUCCGUCACCCUAGUAGUUUCCUACCAAGUUUCUUCUCACCUAUAAAAACCCCUUGUAGGCUAUUUGUUACACCUCACUACCCCAUUUUUUGUUUAUUCAUUUUUCAGUUUUGUAAGUGAACCUUAUCUCUCAAGCUUGUAACUUUUCUUCUCUGAAGAGACUUGGUUUUUUAGAAGGGAAACAGCAUGUGCUCUUUCUCUUCAAAACAAACCCUUCAUGGCCCUCUCUUUUUGGCACUUCCUCGUCCAUGUCCUUCUAAGAGACACCACAAGCACCUUAGGUUGAACCGUCUCAACAGAAGGAGGGCACACUUGAAAGAAGCAAGACAAAGAAAAAGGAUGGUGGUGGUGAAAGCUGAGAUUCAGAUGAAGAACUUGAAAUUGUAUAUGGAGAACAAAACCAUCAUAGAGGAGAAUGAGAAGUUGAGGAAGCAAGCCAUGCUUCUGCACAAAGAGAAUCAAGCCCUCUUCUCUCAGCUCCAAAAGAAGCUUUCAGAAAAAAACAACAAUACCAACAACGAUUAGCUAUUAGCUAAUUAAUAUAUACAGUUUAUUAUUAGUGUGGCCAAGAGUAGGAAAAUUAAAGGGUCUGUGUCAAUGAUCUUUUUCUGAUAUGUUAGUCCUGUAUCUUGACUGUGCUUCUUUUUUGUUUUUUGGUUGCAUCUUAGUUGGAGGUUAAAUUAAUUAAUUCUCUAGCAAUAAGUUUAGAGAGAUAAAAUAAAGAUAAAUAGGUAAUAUGCCAAUUGUAAGCAUUACAUGGAACAUAGAAUUGUGCAAGGCUGUAUUAGAGUUCAAUUUUGUACUACUUCAUUGUUAGUUUUGCUGAUGGUGUAUGUUUUCAGAAGGGGAGACAAUAGUUUAUUAGUAUUAUAGGUUUUUUUCUCUUACGAGUGUAAUUUAAUUAAACUAAUAAAGGUGACAAAUAACACUCAACAUGUCGUU